AUGCUGAAACACGCGAAUUUAAAAUGUGUUUAUAUUACAAUUUUGCAAAGAACGAUUUUAAAGAUUCAUAGAAGUUAUACAAAUAAUAUAACCUAUAAAAAUGAAAUAUUUAAACAUACGCAAUUCAUUAGGAAGAAAAAUCACAGAAAAUUUAAUCAUAAUUCUCACAGUUCACUUUAUACAACAAUGUUACCCUCGCAAUCGCAAAUUGUUAUUGCAGGUGCAGGAACCGUAGCUAAUUCAGUUGCUUAUCACCUUGUUAUUAAUGGUUGGAAUGAUGUACUUGUUCUGGAACAAAAUAGAAUUGGAAGUGGGACAUCUCAUUUUGGCUCAGGUACACUUGGUAUUUUCAAACCUAUAUCCCAUAAAAACUUAAUCUCUUAUAGCCUUAAGUUGUAUCAACAACUACAAGAAAUGGGAUAUGACAUAGGUCUAAAACAAUGUGGUAGCAUAUAUUUAGCCCAAACCAAAGACAGAAUGAUAGCUUUAAAAAGAAGGAUGGCUUAUAAUAUAUCCACAGGUUUAAAAUGUGAAAUUUUAGGAAAAGAUCAAUUAAAACGAUUAUUUCCAUAUUUAUAUAUUAAAGAUAUUGAAGGUGCAGUUUGGGUUCCUGAAGAUGCAAUAGCCAAUUCUAGUGCAAUCUGUGAUGUUCUAGCUAAAUUAGCAAAAAUUGGGGGAGCAAAGUACAUUGAAAACUGUCAUAUAAAAGAAGUUUACACUAAAAAUGGAGCUGUAAAAGGUGUAAAAACUGAAUAUGGAGUAGUUUCCUGUGAAUACUUUGUUAAUUGUGCAGGAAUGUGGGCGCGAGAAUUAGGAUUAAAAUGCUAUCCACCUGUUAGAAUUCCAGCAUAUCCUGCAGAACAUUUUUAUGCAAUUGCUUCUCCUUUUCCAUCUAAUACAAAUGUAACUUUGCCAUGUAUACGAGAUUAUGAUUCAUAUUCUUAUAUGAGAGAGUGGCAAGGUGGUUUAUUAAUUGGUUGGUUUGAACCAGAAUCAAGACCUGCAUUUGAGAAUGGUAUUGUCCCCAUAAAAAAUUGGAAAAACCAUCUUACAGUUGAUACUUUACAUUGGAAACCUUUAUGGGAUAAAAUAAUACAUAGACUACCAUUGUUAAAAAAUAUACAGCCAAGUGUAUAUAAUUGUCCAGAUAAUUUUACACCAGAUGGUAGAUGGAUAUUAGGAGAAAGUCCAGAAGUAAAGAACUAUUUUGUUGCUGUUGGCAUGAAUGGAAAUUCAUUACAAGGAGCAGGAGGGAUAGGUAAAGAAGUUGCUGAAUGCUUGAUAAAUGGUGAAUCUACACAAGAAUUACUCCCUUUUAGCGUGCAGCGGUUUUUAAAGUUACAUAGUAGUAAACAAUAUUUGCAGCAAAGAACAAAAGAAAUUGUUGGGAGAAAUUAUGCAAUUUUAUACCCUCAUCAAUGUGAGUACAAAUAUGCUCGGAAACUACGUUGUUCGCCUCUAUAUUCUGUUCUUGAAGAAAGAGGUGCAAUUUUUGGUGUCAAAAUGGCUUAUGAACGUCCACUUUACUUUAAUUCAACUUACAGAAGAGGUCAAAAAAAGCCAGUCAUGCCACCAGGUAGUUUUUAUAAACCUAAAUUUUUUGAUUUUAUGAAAGAAGAAUUUUUAGCAUGCAAAGAAGGAGUGGGAAUAAUAGAUAUGAGUUCAUUUUCGAAAAUCGAAAUUAAAUCUAGUCAGUCAGAAGUUGUACAAUAUCUACAACAAUUGUGUUCUAAUGAUGCAAAUAUACCAGUUGGUAGUAUAGUACAUACAGGAAUGCAAAAUGAAAGAGGAGGAUAUGAAAAUGAUUGUAUUUUAGUAAGACAAACUGAAAAUAGUUAUUUUAUGGUUUCACCUACAUCACAACAAACACGUAUCUAUCAAUGGAUGUCUAGACAUUUACCACCUGACCAUUUAGUAGGUCUUAAUGAUGUAACUUCAAAAUACACUGUCAUUAAUUUAGUAGGACCUAAAGCAACAGGACUACUUUCAGAACUUUCUAAUUCUGAUAUUAAUCUUUCUCCAUUUACAUACAAGAAUGUAAAUGUAGCAUAUGCAUCUGAUGUAAUGGUAAUGUCAUUUACACAUACUGGUGAAUCUGGUUAUUGCUUAUAUAUACCAUCAGAAUAUGCACUUCAUGUAUACUCCAGAUUAAUGGAAGUAGGUAAAGAUUAUGGGAUCCGAGAUGUAGGUGUACUCACACAACGUUUUAUGCGAAUAGAAAGAUUUAUCCCAUUUUGGGCAGAAGAAUUGACACCAUUUGUUACACCAUAUGAAGCUGGAAGUGGGUACAGUGUAAAAUUAGAUAAAGAGUAUUUUAUUGGCAAAUUUGCUUUACAACGUCAAAAAGAGCAAGGUGUAUCAAAACGAUUAGUAUUAUUUGUUGUUAAUGAAUUAGAUAUAAACAAAGAUGUAUGGCCAUGGGGUGGUGAGCCUGUUUAUCGAAAUAAUGAAUUUGUAGGAACUGUAACAUCAGCUGGAUAUGGCUUCGCUGCAGAAAAACAUAUCUGUCUAGGUUUUAUUAGUUUGCCUAAGUCAAGAUAUAUACAAACUAACCCAAAUAUUGUUACAACAGAUUUCAUAAUGGAGCCUAAAGCUCAUUAUGAAAUUGAUAUUGCUGGAACUAGAUUUCCUAUUAAACCGCACAUUCGUCCAUUACCCAUACCAGCCCUGAGUAGUAAACUGAAUAAAAAGUAUAUUCCUACACCUAUUGUAGCAUAUUAGAUCGUCGUUUUCUGUUAAAAAUUUUCCUUUUACUAUUUGAUUGCAAAUUUAAUCAUUAUAGUUGUAAAUGAAAAUUAAAGA